CACUCCGCACAACUUGCAGCUGUCCCCGCAGCCAAUCCUUGCACCGCCACCACUCAUAUCCAGUUCCAGCAGCAGCAGCCGCAGAAGAAGCAGAAGAGCUUCCAGUUCGAUCAGACGCCGAGCGGCGAGCACUUCCACAUCGAGGUACCGGUGCCGUUGCCGCGGGGCGGCGGCGGCGCCAAGGAGGUGAUCAGCUUCAGCUUCGACAACAACUCGGUGUGCACCUCGUCGGCGGCGACGUCGUUCUUCACUUCCAUCAGCAGCCAGCUGAUCAGCAUGUCCGACGCCGCGACGAGCUCUGCCGCCCUGUCGUCGAAGAAGGCGUGUGGCAAGAGAGGGGAGGACGGCAGUGGCGGCAAGUGCCAUUGCCCAAAGAAAAAGAAGCCAAAGGAGAAGAGGGUUGUGAGGGUGCUGGCGAUCAGCGACAAGAAUGCGGAUAUACCGGCGGAUAAUUUCUCUUGGAGGAAGUAUGGACAGAAACCGAUCAAAGGAUCUCCUCAUCCAAGGGGAUACUACAGGUGCAGCAGCAAGAAGGACUGCCCGGCGAGGAAGCACGUCGAGCGGUGCCGCAGCGACGCCGCCAUGCUGAUCGUCACCUACGAGAACGACCACAACCACGCGCAGCCGCUGGACCCGUCGGCGCUAGCCGCCAACUCAGAAGCCUGAGGAUCGGAGGCUUUCAAUGUCAUGAGCCAUGGACACAGAUUUCCUGCGAUUCACGGGCAAUCCAUUUGGCUUACACAGCCACCCGGAUCGUUCUCAGAGCUCAGCUUCAACUCGAUCCGUCCCAAGAAACAGGCA